UCGAACAAUCCUAUUGACAAUUAUAAAGUUGACUAUUAUACUUAGUUAAUCUAAGGAUAAUCUGCUUAUUUGUCCAUCCUGAUUCACACAAUAUUUAAGAUAACUUAUUUCUUACAGUGCUUUAAUUCACCUCAUGGAAUGUGGCGUCCCUCUGCACCACUGGAUGGCAGCACCUCCAAACAUCUCAUAGAUGCAAACAUCUAAAGUAAAGUUAAGCUCCUGUGGACAAAGGUUACGGUUGCCGUUUUGUGGAGUCCCUGUUUUACAGCACCUCCAAAUCUGUCUGGAAAUAUAAACUGCAAAUACCUAUCCCGAAUGGCAUACUUCGUGUGGACUCGCUGUCUCGUGUUAUUCAAUUCCUAUUUACUGAAUACGCAAUAUAAGGCCACGAGACCGCCAUUUGGGAAAAGGACCAAAACAGCCCAAUUAUGGGACAGUGCCCAAACCCGACCAACAUAGCCUGCUGUAACAGAACGGCCGUGUAGUGAUAAGGUUUCACCACCAGAGGGCUCUGCAGGCUACAUUGGCCGCGUGCAGCUACCAAAGACUUGUCUCUGAAGAACUUCAGUUGAGCGAGAGCAGAGCUGCUUCUCUCUCAGUGUAUUGCAGAAUUGACUGGCAUUAUCUUACACAAUGUGGAUCAUUCAGAGAGUGCAGGAGGGUGCAGAAAAUCUUCCACUUCAGAUCAGUCACCUGAUCAGCAAGAAUAAAAAAGAGAUUUCUGCGAAGACCAACAUCUUCAAUAAACUACCCAACAACGUGCUCACGCCUGAAAAUAUUCCUGACUUCUUUCUGCCUCCGAAGCUGACAAAGCGUUGCCUUAUGGCAGAUGCAGAAAAAAUUACACAGUGUCUAAAUGAAGAAAUUAAAAGUAUUAGGUCUGGAAAAAUAUCUAGACCUGAUGCAGGUCAGCCGAGUUUCAACAAACCUACAGUGGCCUUGAACAAACUUAAGUCAAUCCCAUAUUCACUAAAGUGCUACGAGUCUGGUUUGUUCGAGAGUCCGAACACCCGACGCAAAGAGUCUUUGUUUCAUUCUGCGCUUACGGGUUACACGCUGGAGCGAAUGACCGUCAAGGCUCCAAAGCUUUCGAGCAGAUCACUGCUAAUGGCAGGCAGCACUGAGAGUGACACACCUUCUGCUGACUCCACCCCUCAUUCAUCACCACCGCCAAUCAGAAGAGAGAACUGCACGAAGCCACAUUCAGUCCCAGGGUAUCCACCUGAGCAAGAUGUUCUGCACACUAAAAAGAAAGCUUACUGCAAUCCAGACAAAAAGGCCCCUCAAUGCGCCAAGGUCAUCCAAGCUCCUCCCUCCACAAAACUAGCCCCGCCCAUUCAGUUCCCAAUGGACAUGCUACACUGCCAGGAACGCUUUCAUCAGGAGCACGUCCUUCCUCUUCCACAGAGAGGUCGCGUGCGCCUCUCUGCCUUCCGGUCCAGUGCCACCGGGUGUUCGGCAACGAUUCGCAUCCGCGUAGUCUCGGUAGAAGGCCUGAGAGAUCCCGGUGACCUUCGACCUCUGACCUGCAGCUUGACCCUAAGCCUCAGUCCUGGCAAGCUGCAGCGCCAGCACAGCGCAAUCAUCAGAAACUGCCAUAACCCGGUGUUCAAUGAAGAUUUUUUCUUUACUGAGACUGAGGAGCAGGAAGGAGGCUUGAGAGAUUUAGCCCUCAGACUGAAGGUGCUGGAUAAGGCCUCAGGUCUAGGGAGAGGGGUUGUUUUGGGAAUUGUCCUUAAACCUUUGUGCCAGCUACUGUCACUAUAAGUUGUAUGUGCACACCAAAAGCGAAUUAAAGGUCCCGUUUUUCCUGUAUUUUUGAAGCUUUGUUUGUGUUUACAGUCGCAAUAUAACGUGUUCAUGUUUCACGUGUAAAAAACGGGUAUUUUUCACACAAUUGACUUAUCUGUAUAGCGCUGUUUUCACUGUUCUCAAAACAGGCUGAUGUCUUCCUUGUCCUAUGAAGUCCCUCCUUCAGAAAUACGUAACGAGUUCUUAUUGUGUAGUUUGUUAAGUGUGUUUUGAUUCGACAGCAACUUAGCUUAGCAGAGCCGUUUGAGCUUAGCUGGCGAUUGAUGUAUUCCUGUGGGCGGAGGUCAGUCAAAAACUCUUAUUUUGACAUCAAUCAACCGGGAAGUAGAGGGCUGUAGACUCCACACCGGCCGUUCGCUGUAGGCUUUAAAAGGGGACUAAAAGAAAAUAUAUCGCUUAGCAGUGAAAUUUGAGCUUUAUCAUUUUGCAGGUAUUAUUUAUGCUCUAACAACAACAUUACACACUAACUAAAGUUUGAAAAAUGAGAUCAGGAAAAGCGUGACCUUUAAAUUAUUUGUGCGUGUAGAUUACAAAGUCAAGCAAGUUUAAGCUUUAAAAUCAAAUGUAAUGUUAAAUGUUAUAUUUAUCACUGUGUUUUUGUAAGUAUUUAUGUGUAAUCAUUAUGUAUGUUUCAAAAUGUGUUUUUCCACAAUUCUGUAUCUUUAAAGGUGACAUUUCACAAGACUUUUUUAAGAUGUAAAAUAAAUCUUUGGUGUCCCCACACUGUUAGUUUUAACUGUAAUUUCUACAGUUACUUACCACAAAAUGCCCAGUAAAAUACCAUCAUUUUCUUUUCCAGUUUAUUACUGUAAUAUGCAUUGAAUUAUGGGUAUUAACAUUUAAUUUACAGUGAUUUACCGUAUGUUUUAAAUUUGCGUUAGACUGCUGUAAAACAACAGCAGUAGUGCUACUGUAGUUAAAUAAAAUAGUGUUAUAAAAGCAUAUAAAUGGAAAAAUAAAAUGUAUCUAUGAAAUUAAAUACAUGUUAUUUGUUAUGCUUUUAGCAGUGAAGCAAAUUUCAAAAUGUGAAUU